AUGGAAAGUGGGUCAUUAAGGUUAGGGUUAAUGGCAGUGGUUGCAGUUUCAGGAAGUGUAGUCUUCAUUGCAAAUGAACUUCAUAAACGUCUCCUCUCUGAUUUCAUGAAGAAGUUUGAAUUUGAAUUUGCUGGAAAUGGGAAAGCGAAAAAAAAGGUUCGUUUUGCUGAUAAUGUAAGGGAACCAUCAUCAAAUAACAAGGAAUAUAGGAAGAGAAAUCACAGUAUCGCCAUUGUUAAGCAAGCUAAAGGUCGUGGUGAAGUAUAUUAUGGUCAACGACGACGACGACAGCUUCUUAAAUUACCAAAUAAUGAUUAUUCAAUGCCUCUCAAUAGGCAAAUUUUAUAUAAAGGGAUUCUUCAAUGUAAAAAAUAAUUCUAUUAUACAUUCAAUUUUUUGUAUAUAUUAUAUGAUGUACAUAUAUAUUUAAAAUAGUUAUUUACCACUCCAAGUGUGGCUUGGAUUCGAAUCACGUUAACCGUGUUUGUUAUUCGAAUUUUUCCCUUUUUCACAAAAAAAAAGGGAUUUAUGUAUAAUAUUAUUUUGUAAAUAAACAAAUAUUCUUUUUCUA